AUGGCCCCUCUCAAGACAUGCCUUCUUACUGCAGCGCUUCUAACACCAACUCGCGCCGUAUUCCCCGGAGAGAGUGACCAUUUCCUACGCAACACCCGUUCCGACAGCGGCGUUGAGCUACUUGCACAUAAUAUUCACAGCCUGCUUGAUGGUGACAAUCAAGUGCAAGAUCUUGCAACCCGUGAGGCCGGCCUCGCCAACAUUCUUGCGCAGGCUGAUCAGGGAGCUGUUGAAGAACUCCUCCUGAGAGGUUUGUACUCUCGCAACCGAGCGAGUGCUGCCGAGAAGCAUAAGUCGAAAGAAGAGACAAUAAAGGCUGCUAGCAAGCACAGACCCCGAAGUCUCUUCCUCCGAGAUCGAAAGUCGAAGGCUGAGGCUCGACUGAAGAAGUUUCAAAAGCCAACGGGAAGUCUGAAGCCUCAGCUUGCUACUCAGAAGAAAAAAUCCAAGGAGGAGGCCAUCAAGGCGGCUAGCAAGAAACAUUAG